CUUAAUCUACUCCAUGUUUAAUUUCUUCUAAUGAUUGUUAAAAGUUAAAAGUGUACAUAUCUGAUUAGAGAAAAUAGAAACUGUAAUUCUGAUGUAUGCAUAUGAAGUGUUUUUAAAUAAAAUCAACCUUUGAUUAUGUCAGAAACAGACAACGUCGAUCCGCAACUGGAAAACUUCAUUCUCGCCGAAACACAAAAACAACGUUUCCAGGUCCUUGUUCACGGUCUCACAGAUACCUGCUGGGACACAUGUAUGGGAAAACCAUCAACACGGCUAGACUCGAAGACUGAAGUAUGUAUUAUGAACUGUGUGGAAAGGUUUAUUGAUGCUACAACUUAUAUUACAAAGCGACUAAUGAGUACAACUAAAUACCGAUCUGAUGCUCCAUUAGAAUUCCAAUAAAUCAAACUCAAAAUGUUUUCUAACAUCAAAAACUUUUUAAAUCGUCAUAGAAGAAAGUUCUUUGUGACUGGAGCAGUUGUAGGUGGGCUUUAUGUACUCACAAGCUAUGCUCAGAAAAAAUUAAGAGAUUGGCAGGAGAAAGAAGCAAAAAAGUUCUUUGAGAUGACUCGCAAAAAACAGCAUUUUGAAGGCACUGAGAGAACAUGCAACCAAACAAUACUUUCACUUUCUAAAAUUGUAUCUGAAAGUAUUUUGAGUUUGCUAAACACAGAGGAGAUUGUACAAAAACUGCAAGAGAAUCCUGAAGAUAAAUUGGCACUAUGGGAACAAUUGAAAAUCACAAUUUUUACAAGAAUUUGUGUUUUAGUCUAUGGCCUGUGCAUGCUUCAAGUUGCACUCAGAGUUCAAUUAAAUGUCAUUGGUGGUUAUCUAUAUAAAGACUCUGUACAAGAAGGAGAUCCAAUUGUAGAUAGUAACUUACAAACAAAAUACCUGUCUCUGUGCCACUAUUUUGUAGGACAAGGUAUAGAAGACUUGAUCAAGAGAAUUGAAAAAAUUGUUAAAAGAGUUGUAGAACCAGUUUUGCUUAAAAAAAAGAUCACUUUACAGGAAGUAGAGCAGAUGUUCUGGUCUAUUCAAACUAUUUUGUGUACUGACACCGUUGAAGGUGAUCCUCUAAAAAACAUGGUGUAUUAUUUAAUUGGUCACAAUGAAAUAAAUGAUUCGAAAUUGGAUACAAUUGUUAAAGAAACAAUGGACAUUUUAGAAAGUGAUGAAGUAAUUUCAGUUACAAUGUCAUCAGUUAGCAGAAGUUUUUCAUGUGUCAUUGAUGAAGUUGCAAAUUUAUUUGUGACCAAAUCGAUACCACCAAGUAAGAAUCAAUUAGAAGUAGAAGAUCAUGUCAUCACAAGUGGAGUAUUAAAAUUGAAGAGCGAGCCUUUUGUUGAUGUGAACAAAGUAGAGAUUUACUUUGUUAAAUUGUUACCUGUUAUCAAUGACCUUAUUACUAAGAACAUGUGCAAAGGUGACAACAACAUUCCAGAUUUAUUAACACAACAGCUAACACUUAAUGAAAAGUUGAAGCUAUUAGGUGCAAACAUUUAUGAAGUAUUUAGUAAUUCAUAAUUAAGUACAUGUUAGAUAUUAGUUGUUAAAAUAUUAUUGCCGCACUUAUAUAUCAAUUUCAAUAUAAAUUAUGCAUACCUUUGUAUAGUUUCAGGGAAUUUUGAGCGUUCCUCAAAACUUUACUUUUGUGACACUUAUUGUCACUGCAAUGUCAUGACGUUUUUUCGAACUAAUAAUUUUAAGAAUGGUG